GGAUGGGGGGGGGCUAAAAAUCUGAGAGCGACGACGACGACGGUUGCGGCGGCGCGCGCGCGUGGCCAAAGCGAGCGAGAGAGGAGGAGGAGGACGAGGGGAGGGGGGAGGGAGGGAGAAGGGUGGGGGCGAGGGCGGUGUGAGGGGGGGGUGAGAAAGACGAGGAGGCCCCGCCCCUCGGCCCCUGCCGCGAUGGCGAGGAAACCCCUUGGACGAGGCACGCGAACUACAUGACGACGUUGUCAUGGAUGAUGACGAUGGGCGGUGUCUGCUCGACGUGAUCGGGGAUCCACAGGCCCUGAAUGACUUUUUGCACGGCUCUGAACACCCGGAGCUGGACCAUGAUGAUCUGCUAGGGGGCGACGGGGCCGGUCUUUUCGCCGAACUCACGUCGGGCUCCCCUGGGAACCACGUGAACAAUGGGCUGGGGGAGGCGGCGGGAGGCGGGGGAGAGGACCCCUUCGCCAGCACCCUGCGCUUCCUCGAGGAUUCCGACGACGACUUUGACCCCAGCUCCGUGCCGCUGGCGCAGCACACGUCCGGCCAGCCGUGCGACAUCCUGCAGCAAUCCCUGCAGGAGGCCAACAUCACCCAGCAGACGCUGCAGGAAGCAACGCUGGCGCCGUCCGCUUCGUUGGAGAGCCAGGGCGAUGGGGUUGUGGCCGGCGGCGGGGACCCAGCAGGGAUGGCACCACACACGCCCGCAGCCGCCGCCGCCGCUGCUGCCGUGCCACCCGUGCAGCCGUUUGUUGCCACGGCGCACCCUCCCGCUGACGGCGCUCAGAUCUUUGCUCCGGGUGCAGCUGUUGACCUGGGCGGGCUUGGACAGCAGGCGACCAUCAGCCUGGUGCAGCAGCAGCAACCCCAGCCCGGCGCGUUCACAGGUGGUGUACCUCAGUUCAUCCAUCAGCUGGGCAUAGGCAACGUGGCCCUGCAGGCUGGUGCUUCGCCCGCUGCGCCCAUCCAGGUGCUGGGUCCCUCUGUGGUGGCGCUGGGCCAACCGGCUGUCCCACCUGUACCGCCACCCUGUGCCAGCCCCCAGCAAGCACAGCAACAGGGGGGCCUGGUGAUUCAGAAGGGCCUGUCGGUGCAGAUCCCCACCGUGAAUGGCAGCCCAGCGUUGUUUGGAACCAGCCCUGGCCCGGUGGGCGCCCCCGGUGGCCACCAGGCUGCUGCCACGGCGGCGACUGCAGGGGCUGUGCGCCCAGCAUUCGGCGGGCACGUCGCGGUCGUGCCCACUUCUGCGGCACCCCAGGCUGUGGUUUUGCAAAGGCCGCAGACGCCCAUCCAGCCCAAGCCGGGACCCGUCACCAUCCAACCAAAGCUGGUGCAGAUCAGUCCCAAGAGACCACCGGUGCCAGGCAGCCCUGCGCUACAGAUGCCCGGCAAGGGUCAGAAGGAUGUGACUGUUCAGCAGCAGCAACAACAGCAGCAUCAACAGCAACAACAACAGCAGCAGCAGCAGCAGUUCUUGCAAACAAAGGCCGGGCAGAGUACUGUGCUGCAAAAUCACCAGAGUACCACUCAACAGCAACAACAGCAGCAGCAACAGCAGCAGCAGCAAGCAUCAGCCAUCCGUCCCCCCAUUAGUCUUCAGAUUGUGAACCAGGCAGGCAGUUUUGUCAUCCAGCAGCCUGGUGGUACCCAGGGCCAAUUCCUCAUGCCCGUGUCAGCUGCGGGGCAGACACUUGGUGUUAACGGGCAGCUGUUCAACACGCAAGCCAUGAACCAGCUGCUCAGCCAGACCACUGUGAGCCAGCUACUCGGCAACCCCACCGUUUCGCAGUUACUCUCCAACCCAGCAGCGCUGUCGGGGGCACCGAUGGCGGCCGGGCAACUCAUCUCGGCGCACGGCGGUCUUGGCCAGGUGCUUGGUGGGCACAUCUUGACGCAGCAGGGGGCGGCGCAGUUGCUGGCUACCAGCUCGAUACAGCUGCAGCAUGGCCAGGUGGCCUUCCAGAUCCCUGCUCAUCAGCCUGGCAUGGUGGGUGCUGUGUCCCAGUUCACCACACUGCCUACGUUUUCAGCGCAGCAAACGGUGGUUUCAGGCAUCGGUGGUGGGUGUACGAGCGUGCCUGGGCAGCUGACUUUGCUGGGCGGUGGCAACCUUGCCACUGGAGGCCCCCAAAUAACCGUGCCCACUGUAGCGUCGUCACAAGCGCAAGCAUUGGUUUCGCCACAGCAGCAGCAACUGUCAGUGCCCAUAGCUAAUCAGGCUCCUGUUUCUAUGGCUACAACUGGACCUGUUGGCAGUGACGGGAUGUUGGGAUCGCCUGCAUCGUUAUCUCAGCAACAGCAUCCAGGACUAACACCGGUGGCAUCGGUGGGCUUGAGGCAAGUCUCCAUGUCCCCGGUGGGGAUGUCCCAGAGCUCGGGCCGGAUUACUCCUGUGUCGGAUCGAAUGACUCCAGCGCAGGAGAGGAUGACCCCUCAGGGCGGCUCCUUAGCUGGGUCCGUUCCCCCGGCUCCAAGCCCAGACUCUGUCCAGCAUCGAUACGAACAGACUGUGACCAGCCAGCAGAAGCCGGUGAUUGUGACAUCGCAGGGUUCAUCUCUACCUCAACAGGGGGGGCAACCUCUGGCACCACCGCAACCGGUCUCCGGCCAGACACUCUGCCAGCCCCAGGCCGUGGUGACGCAGGCCAUGAUGGGCCCAGCUUCUGCCGCCCCAAUGAUGGGAGGCCAGCCUCCGUCGCAGGGAGUGUUGUGUCAGCCAGGCCUCCAGUCGGCCACCGAGCAGAGCCUGCACGCUCAAGCUGCCAUUGCUCAGCAGCUGCAGUUGCAACAGCAGCAGCAACAGCAGCAGCACAUGAUGGUACAAUCACACACGAUGGUGGCACAAGUGGCUGGUGGGCAGCCUCAGUUGAUGGUGCAACAACAACAGCAGCAGCAGCAAGUGAUGGGACAGCAAUCUCAGGUGAUGGCCCAACAGCAGCAGGUUCUGAGUCAAUCUCAAGUGUUGGGACAGCAACAACAGGUGCAGCAGCAGCAGCAACAAAUCUUGGGACAAUCGCAUGUGAUGGGCCAGCAGCACGUAAUAGCACAGCAGCAGGUGAUAAGUCAUCCGCCGCAGGCGCAAGCCACGCUGCAGCUAAGGUUGACGCCAGAGCAGCAGCAGAGACUGCAAAACUUGAUACUGCAGCUGAAGAAUCUGAGUGGCGUGCCCAACCCGAACCAACAGCAGAAGAUGCUCAUGCAGCACAUUCAGCAGGAACAACAAAAGAUAAUUCUUCAGGGGCGGCAACAGGCCCUGCUGCAGCCUACGCCGGGGAUGAUGAACCCAGGCAUGGCUGCCCAGACCAACGCACAGCCCCACCAACAGACUAUCAUCCUCAGCAGCCCAAUGGCACAUCAGCAUCAGCAGGCACCUACCAUCAUGUCGGGUGGUCAGAUGCAGGCGAUCGCACAGGCCCCCACUGCGCCUGGGCUGGCUGUCAGGCCAGAGAUGCAGCAGGGAACACAAAUCGGCAAAACUGUUAUCAUGGCAACCCAGCCUGGCCAGAUGUCCAUGGAUGGCAAAACGAUGCUGCUGGGGACUUUGGGGACGAGCCAGUCGGGAAAGGGCCAGCCCAUGCUGCUCAAGCCUCUGGCUCCACAGCAGACAUCUCAGGAUGAGGUUCACAUGGGAGGAGUGAAGCGGACAGCCCCUGUACAGCUCACCAAAGAGAGCCUCUUCCUGGAGCAGCUGCGUAAAGACCAGGAGGCUGUGCUGCAACCCGAGUACCGGCGGCCAUUCGGCUCGUACCACGACGCCGUGCGCCGCCUGCUGCCCUACCACCUGUACCGUGGCACCAUGCCCUCCAUGCAUGAGUUCAGCAAAGUGGACGAGGAAUUUGAGACGGUCUCCACUGAACUGCUGCAUCGUACACAGACCAUGCUCAACAAGUACCGGCUGCUGCUGUUCGAGGAAGCACGGAGAGAGAGCCCGUCUGCAGAGAUGGUCAUGAUGGACCGAAUGUUCAUCCAGGAGGAGAAGGCCGAGCUCAUGAGCGACAAGCGGCUGGCCCUGGAUAACCCUGCUGCAUACCUGGCCUCUCUCUCACGCACUACGAGUUCGACCACGACGACGACGACGACAACCCCAUCAACCCCAUCAACCCCGUCGCAAGCCCCGUCGCAAGCCCCGUCGCAAGCCCCGUCGCAGGCCCCGGCGCAGGCCCCGGCGCAGGCCACGUCGCAGGUCCCCAGCGUGGCCAGCGCCGUCACCUCAGCGAGUACUGUUACGGAGCGAAGCUCCACUCAAGUGACACCCAUUCGCAUUGUCAUCAAGCAAGAGCGCAUGGUGGGCUCGCCUGAUCGGGCUGUCGCCAGUGCAGCCGAUCGAGCCUCCACAUCCGUGCCAGCAUCCAACCGGACGUACGUAGCCAGCAGUAGCGGCGGCCUCAAGCUGAAGAUAAAACAAGGCGACGGAUAUGGGGUGGUGAUCAAAAACACCGCAAUAAAAGCAGAGACAACAGCCACGGCACAACCACCACUGCCUCCGCCGCCGCCACAACAACAGCAGUCGAUGGCAGCCCCAGCCCUGCCCUCUCUUCAACCAACACCACCCGCAAAGAGGCCGUCCGAACCGAUUCUGCCCAUAGCAAGUAGUGGGCAGGUGAACGGCUCGGCAGACCUCUCCCCACUGUUGUUGCCUGAGGUACGGCUAGGGGCGAGGGGCGCAAGCGGGCAUAAGCUGGCUCGCCUGUCCUUGCCGUCCGAGGAGGGGCGCGGCCGCCUUGGCCAGACCGACACGCUGCUGAAGGUGGCGAGCGGGCAGAGGGGAGGCGUCAUUAACUCAACGUUCACUUCCUCCUCCGAGACGGCCAAGGGUAGCAUUGCCAGUCUGCCUGCUGGCGCCUUCAACUCUGCUAUGGGCGGCGCCAAGGACGGCCUGGCCGUCGUCAAACCCGUCGGAGUGUUUCACGCUUUGCCAGCGACCGUCGACUCCUCCAAACCAACCCUCGGAAGUGGCAGCAGUGCAAGCAGUAUGCUGACAUUCAAGCCCGGCAAUGGCAUGAACACUGACCACACACCACCCGCGGUGGCCAAGCCCAAGCCGGACACGGUACCUGAACGCUCUUUGGAGCGCACAGUGCUGCAGCUCCCAUGGGAGUUGCCAGCACGCCUCCGCCUUAAAGUGGCGGACGAGGCCGUGAAGAUGGCGGCCGUGGCGGCCGUUGCACCGAGCCUGGGCGACGAGGACGAUGGUGACGCCAGCUUUUCGAGCGACAGCUCGCAGGACGAUGGACUGACAGAGCACCUGCAGAGUGCAAUCAACAGCAUCCUCGACCUGCAGAGGCCACAGGACCGAGGCGGAGGUGGGCCCACCGGUGUUGGUGGUGGCGUAAGCGGCGGGGGUGGUGUGCCCAGGCCGCCCCCGCACUUACGGCCACUGCCAGCCAUCGUGCCCAAACCGCCGCACGGGCUGCCCCACAAACCCUUCCCCGUGGACUUCCCACAAUUUUCGCCAGGCCCCGCACCCGGUGGACCCUUGGACUCGGCACUGGAAGAGGCUGUUAACAGCAUUCUGGACAGCUGACGAAUCCCACCAACCGAGGUUGGUGAGAAAUGUUUUGUGCAGCCACCGCCGUCCGCCCGGUGCCGCAGAGCCCGUCGAGAAAUGGGGCGGAAUGCGCGGCAUACAGGCAGUAGGGGGUGGCACACGUGGUCAAAUUUCAACACUCGUGUCCGUCGGUCUCGUUCUCUCUUCGCAAUCACGUAAAAACCAGCCUGCGAGUUUUUCUUCGGGAGGUGGUGGUGGUGAGGGGCUGGGCCCUUGCAAUGGUCAACCGAGAGAUGGGAAGGCGGGAGGUGCAGCAGCGUCGCGAGGUCGUUGAGUUACUUGUCGUGGUGCCCAAUGAUGAUUUGUUGUAACGUGUAAUGCGGUUGCAAGAUAAAUAGAGUAGAACUUGAGCAGACGAUUUGCCAUGAGCCACUUUUACUCUACUUCUUUUGUGUGCGCAAUGGUGCGUGAGUGUGCAUGAGUGCUCAUUUGGAUGUUUAUAAACUAUGGGAGUCUAGGCAAUAGGAAAGUGUCUUUUAAGAAAACAGAUCUGACCUUAAGUCAGCUUAUCCAUACAUUUUCUUAUGAAUGUCAAGUAUCAUAAAAGCUGUAAGUUUUAUUUCUUAAUAAAGUUGCAUUUAUUUUUCAGUUUUAUUCACAGCAAAUCAUGCCAAGGUGGCGGCACAGGGUUGGCACGUAGUACAUUUCCAUGAUGCCAAUAUAAUUAGGAAUUGUCUGUUUUUUGCGUGUUUUCAAUGUUCUUAUUUCUCAUUGCACAUUCCAAAUUCCCAUGUUUAAAACAUCAUGCAAAAAUAUUUAUGUAACAAAAGCAGGUCCGGUUAUGAAACAAUGUAAACAUCCCAUUUGAUGAGAGAUUACGAGAAGGUUGUGAAUUUGCCUCUGUGUUGCGAUUUUUUUGCCUGCUAACAUUUUUUGCCCAUGUGAUGCAUACCAUCUCUAGGCUUCCUGGAACAUUACACAUCUUGACCACAAAACUAAACGCAUUGGCAAGACAUUUGGUUUAAGCAAAUUAACAUUUACUCCUGUGUGUGCACACAUUUGUGCCUUACACAGUAUUGUGUGCACAAGUUUCCUUUUACAGAAAUAGAAAUGACAUUUAACGUAAUCUAUAAUAUGGCUCUUCAGAAUGUACUGACUUUUUUCCAACCACAAGGUGUUUGUAAAAGUACCAUGUGAUAAAAACUUUAUUUGAAGCUUUUGUGACUGCAGGAAUUACUCUUUGGUCCUUUAGGUAAAGUCAAGUAGAAAGAAACUAAAUUAAAUAAUAGAAUACGACGUUUCGAUUGCAACACAAGCAGUCGUCAUCAGGUACAACUAAAUUUGAGAGAGAGACAAAACACAGACACGAAGACACACAGACAGUCUAUGUUAUGUGUCUCUCAGAGUCUCUGUGUUGUCUCUCUUUGCUUGUGUGUCUCCGUGUCUGUGUUUUGUCUCUCUCAAAUUUAGUUCUACCUGAUGAUGACUGCUUGUGUUGCAAUCGAAACGUCGUAUUCUAUUUAAUUUAUUUUCUUUCUACGUGAAUUUACCGAAAGAACCGAAGAGUACCAUGUGAUAACUAACGUAAUCUAUAAUAUGGCUCUUCAGAAUGUACUGAUUUUUUCUCCCAACCACAUGGUGUGUAAAAGUACCAUGACAUUACAAUUCCUAAAUUCACUAAUACACUCUCCCAGGUUAAAAAGUUUCCCAUUUACCACCAACAAACCAAACAAGUUUAGAAACUAAAAUGUAGAAACAUGCGUAUUAAUAUAGAAAAAGGCAAAUUUUAGUAGCUAAAAUGGUAAUCGUUUCGCUACAAUACCAGUAGGUGAAUAAUUCUGCAGCUUACUCUCACGUGUGAUACACUCUUGCGUGCCUGUGCACUUAUCUGAGGAGCAUCAAGUAAUUCUAACACUAGUAUGUGAUCUAAUUCUAGAUUUGAAGCUUUAGUAUGUGAUCUGUAGUUUCUCAGAUGCCUGCAGCAUUUUGUUGAGGAGGCCAUGGAGUGUGCAGUUGAUUCGUAUAAACAUGUGUCACUGUAAAAAUUUCGAGGUUUUAAUUUAAGCAGGCAUAAUUGUUCAAGAGCACCAGAUAGCAUGUAUGGUCUAAUUUCAUCUGCUGAAGGGACAGACUGGGCAUGUAAGCAUUUAUGGAAAUAGCUUAUGUUCACCUUGGUAAGCAUGGAUUUUUUCGAUUCAUGAAAAUUAAAUGCACUUGUUAUAAGUGCAAUUGUGCAGAUAAGACGGAGGUUAAUGAGAUUGCAAACCAGACGAAAGAUCUUUUGCAAAUUAAUGACCUAGUGCAGAUAUGUUAAGGUGGUAGCUUUGACUCCAAACCCCCAAAAAGCCUUUUAUAUGGCACCUGUGUGAGAUUAUUACGACCACAAGCAACUAGGUGAUGCUCUAUUUUGGUUAAUUGUACGUAUCAUUUAGCAAUGACACGUACAAAUUCAAUUGUUUCUUUCGAAUUAACUUAUAGUAUCUUACAAUUUAAGUGUUGUUGAGGCACUACCAGAGUAUACAUAUGGCUAAAAUGGUUAUGAAUAAGAUUAAUGUAUAAAUACAGUGUAAUCUUACAUUGUUACUUACAAUGUAAUGCAGUAAUCAGGUAUAAUACCAAAAGCUAGACAUUCGUUUUGAAAUUGCAUUUCUGUUUGCUGACCGCGUGGUGGAGCCGAACACUUUCCUCAUGGACGUCCACGUAGGGUUGGGUUUUUUGUUCAUCACUCGCCAGUGGGGGGGGGUCCAGUACCGCCUGCAUCUUGUUUUAUUUGCAAUGUGCUCCAACCGUUGCUGAACGCGCUGGACGAUCUUGGGUGGUAGCCCUCGCAUGCUUGUGGACAAUAAAGCACGGGGCAGAAAAUACCGUCUUCCCAGACGAGAACUGGCUUUGAACGGAAAAUUUGCCAGUGCAUUGACCAUGAUAUCUCAUAUACAACAUCUGCUCGUGCUACUGUGCUUCUCUCGUUGAAGCAGAUCUGAAGCAAUGUGUAUUGGCCAAAAUUUACGAGAAAAUGUUUGUAUUUUGUUAUGCGCCUGCCCCACUGGGUAUCUCUUCACUGUGCUCUGAGUGUAUGUGUAUCUGUUUCUGGUGGUUGUUUUUGCACGGCUCCACAUGGGUACUUCACUUUCUUGGACUGUCGGGGAUUCCACAUCAUCAGAGAAAUAUAUUGGUGAAAUGGUUUCAAAUGAUCAGCUCCCUCAAAUGUGCUUCUUUAAAGCAACUUAGAAAUGUAGGAGCUAUGAAGUAUUGUCAAGAGCAUUGAUUGUGAAUGAGCGUGGAGUGUAACGAAAGUGUCGCUGUUAGCGUAACUUAUGGACAGUAUCGGAUCGGUGUAUGCUUUGGUGUAGGUUGUCGAGUGAGUGACUCGAAGAUGACCGAUAUAAGUCCUUACCCCUAUCAAUCGUCAUCCUCAAAAAGUUUGGGCACCUCUUGUCUCCGUCAUUUACAAUUUGGGCUUGAAAGCCUACGUCAGUGGCUGUUGAAGAAUAACUUGAAGGUUUUCCUGAAGUGAAAUAUCUGCAGCUGAAAAUAUAUUUACCUGGUAGUGUCUUGUGUUGGUGGAAAAGUUUACAUAAACACUUUUUUAGAAGCUGCAUAAAACAAGCAACAAUUAAAUAUACUAUAUUGUAUGACAGAUUAAUAUUUGCCAAUUAACUGUGUCUUGCUUUUAAAAAAUGCAUAAGUUAAAAUAUUUGUUGACACUUGCAAGGAUUUUGGCAGAUUUUGGCAAACCUCGGCGGUGAUGCCACAGAAAAAGUUAAUUGACGAUUACAGUUCAAAUUUAUAUAUCAAUUUAAUGCUAAAUAAUCUCAAUAUUUACAGAAGCUUAUUAAGAGACGUUGAAUAAGCAAAAGUGUAAUGUGAAAAAGACGUCAAAGGACAACUCACCAAUGUUCUGUUUAACCACAUUUGUAAUACGUGGCGUCCUCCAGUGCCGAGAUGUUCUGUAAAUGGGAAAUUGAUGGUCAUGAAGUCGUGUUCAUAAACUUGGCUUGCAAACUAAAGCCAGCAUUUGUUUAAUCCUGUGCUGCAUGCCCAUCACAGCCUUGCUUACCCCCCUCUCCCCCGUAGCAAAUUCAUACAUUUGGGCCUUUGUUAUUGUGACAUCCUGAAUUGUCCUGUUUAGUUAUAUCCGCUGUAUAUGCAGAAUAUAUAGGAAAUCUAUGUCUUGCUGCCACAAUGGGAGGUUGGAUAAUUGGAAGCUAUGUUAAGUAAUAUUAUUUCAAGAAAUUCCUCAAUUAUAAGUUAGUCCCCCCCCCCAUAAUAGGUUUCUACAUUGGGCUAUUUGGCCAGUUCUAUUUUUUUAGUAUUUUGAAUGUGUAAGGAAACUGGAGUUCCCAGAGAAAUUAAUCAAAUACGAGGAGAAAGCAAAGUAUCGCACAGAUGGGUUAACAAAAUCUAGUUUAACUGCCAUCUUAUGGCCUUUUAGCACAGCAGGAUUAAGAAUCUUACAAUUAUACGUGAUCCACCAAUCCUCGCCUCCAAAUUGCAGAAAUAUAGGCAUGCAUUGUAAUAAUGUUGGUCCCUUUAGAAGAAGCCUGCAUCUGAUGUAAUCUAAACCACAAAUCCCAAGUCCUAAUCUUAAAUCUAUUUGUCACUCUUCAAUCUCUAAUCCCUACCCUUCGGAGCAAAGAACAGAAAUGUAUUCUUUAAUGGAUGAAUGUAAACAUUUGGACUUUACCUAUCAAAAUUGUUGAAUUGAAUUGUGACCAAAAUUAUCCUACUUCAUGCCUCAGAACAGGAAACGCUAUGAUUGUAGCUGUGGCGAGGUGUGACUAGUUAAGGUCUCAUUGUUUGAUUUUUCACCUAGACUCCAUUAUUUCUUGUGCACGUUAACAGUUGAUUCAAUCAAGAAGCCACCACUGUAACCCGGAAAUAUUGGGGUUGCACAUCACUGUUGAAUUGUGCUCAUUACACCUGUAAAAAUUAAUAGGAUUAGCUUGUCACUACAGCUGCUGUAACAUUAAAUAAUCCACUUUUAGUCUGUGUAGCUGCUGUUUCCACGAGAGUUAAAGCUUAUAUUGUCAAGUGGCUUCAUUGAACUUGUACAAUGAAUAACGGGUUAGUUAAAAUAAUAAAACAUUUGCAACUGGGAGGAAAAACAUCUCAAUGUUUUGGCUGCCUGGCCUUCAGACAAUGAUAUUGAAAGCUCAGUUAUGUAUAACCUUUAUCCGAGAGUUAAGACUGCCUACGCCACCAAUCGGUGUUUUAACCAGUUCCUUUUUCGAGACAACCUCAGUGCAGAAGCACAAGUGAUGGUGGGAGACUCAUUCUCACGUAAAAAAAAAAAUGGUCGAUAUAAAAUUAACGUGAAAAGCCAUUUUUGUUGGUCAUAGAAUUAUGAAAACUGGAUGUUCAAGGGAACGGAAGGGGCUGUUGGGACAUAGUCAUAUUUAGUUAUUUUUAGCCCCCCAAAAAAGAUGUAUAUGGUAAUAUAUUUGCGUGACCACUUUUGCUCUUGUUUAAAAUAACUUAGGUUCGCAAAAAAAAUUCAGUCACUAACCGUUAUUCCGCCAUAGUGAAUGCCAAAUCGGAUUAUAACAUUUAACGUCCUGAUGUGUAUAUAUAUAUUUUUAAAGAAAUAACAAGAUUCAAAUACGUUUAAGGAUUCAAGUUGUGGUCAACUAUCAUUAGCAUUGAUCGAUUGCAAACAUUGUAAUUGUUUUACGUAAAAUUGCUUAAUUGGAUUGUCCUGAGAAGCCGUGCAUUUGGUUGUAGUUUCCAGAAUGUGCUGCAUUCUUUGGAAUCUACAUAGAGCCGACUUUAUGGGGCUAUGGUUGUGUCCAUCACUCCAGUCUAUUGGGCAUCUUCACUAUUGUCUCGGGAGAAUCUCACCGAAUGGCUUCAUUUAUGAAUCUGGUUUAACUGGCCCCCAAUGCACAUUGUGAGCAUUCACUUUUAUUUUGGCUGAAUUGUGCCAUAUUUGUAUCUUUUUGUCUUUGAAUGUUUUUGUUUCGUUUUACCCGAUGUUUUUUUAGCAAUGCUUUUUUGUUACCUUAAUUUAAUUUGCCAGAGUUUGAUACUAAUGUGCAGUAAUAUCAGCUGUUCUCAUCAUUACACCUGCUUCAAUUCACAGAUCAUUUAUACGUAUAGUCGUUCUCACAGGAGCCUAGUGCUUAUCCCACCACUCAACCACAGUCAUCGAUAAAUUAACAUGAAAGAGUAAGCUGAAACAUUGCUGAAAACACAAAUGAACAAACAAGCAAUGGUGGGCUUAAAGAGUGACAUUAACUGUACUUGUGUUCUAAAUCUUGCACCCAUGAUGAUGGUGAUGGUUAGCGACGACAGCGGAUGACCUCGUGGAAGUGACGCGACUUGAGGCGUUGAGGUGUAGGUUCAUUGAGACGGUACGGUUUUUCUGGCCUACUUGACGAGCGUGUACAGGCAAGCGCUGUGUAAACUCUUUAUUUUCUCCGGUUAGAUUGUACUUGAUUGUCGUAGCUACGAAACACUAAAAAAAAUGUUUGUUUCACCGUUCUCUUAAAAUGCUGGCUACUGAGCCCAUUUUCCGUUGAACGUCCGAGGGGCGGCAGGAAAAUAGAAAAAUAGAAAAGAAAAAGAAAAAAGCGCGCUUUUCGUGCGUGUUUUAAGCCAUCAGCUAAAAGUGUGUGUCGUUGCGUCUGAACUGUCAAGCCUGUGGCAAUGCUGUACAUAACUAGGUUGACUUAGAGCCUGCUUGUACAUAGCAGGUCUGCCUGGUGAUAGCUUUCAUUUUUGAGGCCUUUUGUUGUGUCUGUGUUUUAAAUUGUUCAUAUGCGAAGCGUCUCAUUAUAGUUCUACAGAGGGUUAAUCUAUAUGUUUGUAACAUUACUUGUGACCGUUCACUUCUCUGGGCAGAUCAAACAUGUUUUGUACACAUUUUUACUGAGACCAGUAUUUAUGAGAAGACAUGUUUUUGUAAUAAAAAUGACUUUUUUAUUUA